GAGACGCCGAAUCUUGGUUCGUGUAACCGUAGAGCUGGACUGGCACUGAGGGAAGUCCAGUCUGGUCUGUUCUCAACUGCAGCUUAGGCAUGGGGACCUUUGAUAGCUCAUGUCACGAGUGCUUUGAGCGCAAAGAGCGGUGGUAUGAGAUCGGACCCACGGAUUUGCUGGAGCGUAAAGGCUCUCUAACUCUCCGCUCUCAUGACAAGAAAUACUCAGAGCCAGUGUUGGUGUAUUCCUGGCACCGUAACAGAGAAGCCUUCCCCAAAGAUUAUGAUAUAGAGAGUCCUGAUACGGUGAAAAAUCUGUGUAUAUCAACAUACAAGCGAUUUGGAAGUGACAGUCCAAGGUGGAUGUCCGAAGCACGAGAACAGAUGUCCCAAGUUUUUGUAAACAAAGACUUGGUGGAGAAGAAGAAAACGGGCUUGCUAAAUGACGACACACUAUGCUCUGGGAUUUUGGAAAGGGACCCUGAAUUGCCUCCUACGGGCUUUCGGGAUGUUCCGAUGGAAUCUGCACCAGAUCCGAGAAAACCGUGUUUUUCGACAACGUACUCUGAAGAUUUUGCUCCACAGUAUGAAUAUCCACCACCUGCCUGUCCACGCCAAGAAGAGUAUUCCAUAGUCCACAGGAAGUGCCGUUCUCAGUUCACAGACCUCAAUGGCUCCAAAAGAUUUGGCAUCAACACAUGGCAUGAUGAGAGUGGGAUUUAUGCUAAUUCAGAGGCAAAACAAAAACUCUACGCAUUGGCUAGAAAUCCUAUUGUCCCACUUUAAGAAGCAAUGUAUACAAUCAGACCCUCAAGCUAAUGAAAAAUAACAAAUGUAGUAGUUAAUAAUUUUCAUAAUAAACACAAAGACUUCCAAAUC